AAUGCGAACCGACAGUUCCUGCUCCCUGCUUACGUUACUGAAACCCAUAACAACACCCAAACUUAUCAUUAGUCCGGAGUUUACCAGACUCCUUAGCCGCUAGUCUGCGGAUUUUGGACUCUGGCUGUCUCUCGUCGACAGCUGUUUCAUGGGAACCCAAGAGGGAGAGAGAGAUUGGGUAGAUGUGGCGAAUGAUUUGCUCAGCAAGUGUCACAUAAAACUGCGGCUAAGGAAACUUGCUGACUGUGAUGCGAGAGUUUUCAUUGCUCUGUACGAGAACAUCUUGGGGGAGAAAGUUCCAGAUUACAUUGCAGCACCAUGCAGUCAAGAGGAAGACUUCCAUAAUGUCCAGUCUGUGAUUGAUUCCCUUUCCUUGGAUUACCUUCAGAUCAGUCUCUCACACAUUACAGGAGAAAAUGUCGUCAGAGGAGACAGAGAGUCUAUCAAGAACCUCUUGGAAAUCUUCGACGGCCUCAUGGAAUACCUCAAGGAGGAGAUCAGCGAGGAGUCACAAAAUAGUGAGGAACUCAAUGACGGUCUUAAUCAGGAUGUAACCGGUGACGCUAAGGACCGUGCAAGUGGCGAUGCCACGGAGCACAAAGAGGCUGAACCCGAGAGGGCGUCCCUGUCUUCCAGUGAAGAGUCUGCUGUCCUGUCCAGUAAACACUCCCUCCCUUCCUGGAACGCUGAGGAGAAGGGAUCGACCAGCGAGCUCAUUGGACUGGGCGUGUCUGCUCGCACGUUCACGGCCAAACAAGACGACGCAGUCCCCGCCACUGAUCUUCCUGACGCUCCACCGACUGAGCCGCUGCACUCGGCUAUCGCUCUGCAGCCACCCAACCAGAGCGACACCCCCCACGUACCACAUACAGACCCCCCCUCACAAAGCAGAUCACCAACAGCUGCUGGCAUCAGCCAAGAGCACGAGGGAGAGGAGGAUGCUCCUGUCACAGCAGAGACGUCCGCACCUGUAGCUGAGACAGUCAUUACUAACGGACCACAGUCUUCUUCCCUUUCGCAGCCUCCCGCUGUGAAUGAGACUUCUCUGUGCGGUCAUCAAAGAGCUGAGACAGAAACAGAAGGCGAGGCCCUCGAGCCGACCAAUGGGGGUCCCAGGAGGGUUUUAUUCCGCACCCAGCCGGACGUGCUCUUCCUCACCCUGCAGGAUGAGAUGCCGAUCACAACACCUUCACCUCCGGACACUGAAGAAGAGGAGAAAGAGGAUCUGAGUUUCACACGAAUACAGCUAGAUAGAAGGAUAGGUCACAGCGAGAGGACAGGCCGCGGUAGCAGGCUGGAGGAGGAAGAUAAUGAGGAUCCUUUGUCGUACCGCAGACAGAGGAACAAGAAAACGGAAGAAGAGCUGCAUCACAUAUCUGAGAAACUCUCCCAUCGGCUUGAAGAACUCGAUCAGAUGCUUAAACGAGUUCUCAGUGAAAGCGGAGAGUCGAGUGAAGUCAGAGAGGAAGACGAGCAGUCCCACCACAGUGAUGGCGACAUGCAGUGUCACAGACAGCACACAGGAACUCCUGAGCCCCGCGAGCAGACACGCUCCUUAUCCCCCUCCCAUCCACAAGUGUGUCGCUCCCCCCAGGGACGGCUAGAAGAAGCUGUGGCAGAGGCUUUGAGUCUGAACGACGGGAGACAAAGUAACCUCAGAUUGUCUGAUCAUACCAGAAGAAAAGAGGCACGGUCUCACAGAAAACACAGCAAGAAUGAGGCCUACGAGGAGGAGUUGAAAAGAUAUGAAGACAAUGAGCGAAUGGAUCUAAACAAAGCCCGCCUCAAAGCUCGGGAAGCUGAGCGACAGUACAGAGAGGCAAUACUAUGUGAGGUUUCCCACGCCUCCAGACCGUCUCUGACUAGAACAAACACCCAGCAUACGUCCGAACGCAACACACAAACAUCACCAGGACGGAGACGGCACGAGACUCCCAGGAAAGCAGCAUCAAUGACGGUGAAGGAGAACGAGCUUCUCCCCGUGCUCAUGGAGGAGUUGCCCCACCUUCACAUCACGCCUCACGCCCUGGGUCGGAUGUGGGAGCAGCAGAUGCAGCAGGUGGACAGACUCCACGCCCUGUCAUCCUCUCGCGGGAAGCGUCACAGCAAACACUCCAGCCAGGUGGAGGAAGCUCAGAGGAAACACGACCUGCUGGUGGAGAUAAUUCGCAAACAGCAGGACCACAACAAGCGUCUGAGAGACUUCAAAGAGCGCAUUCAGCAGCAGAAGUCGACCCAGAACAGACUGAAGGAACAGAGGCAGCAGAUAGCACGCGCCAAGAAGUACCACAACGAUUACCACGUCCAGCACCGUGCCCGCCUCAUGAGGUCUCGCACCAACGAGGAGAGGAUGUUUCGUCAGCUGUUUGAGGAGGGUUUGGAGCUACAGAAGGUCAGGUUGAGAGAGCAGAGAGCGUACGCCAAAGAGCAGCGGCUGGAACAUCAGAGACGACACCAGGAACACAUCACAUCCUUGGAGAACUACUACAAAGACCAGUUUUCACUGCUGGCUGAAAAACUUGCAGAAGAGCGACAGGACAUCCAGGUCCGGAAAAAGGCUCAAGAAAAGGCUCUGCUGAAGAUGAAGCGAGAGCUGCGUUCGAGGAUGGAGCAUGAGAUCGGCGAGCUGCAGAAGAUCAUCAUCGAGAACGACCAAGACGAUCAUAUCCAGGAUCUGGAGGUGCAGAGGCUACGCAGCCGGGUCCACAUGGCUUCCUUCCAGUACAACACCAGCUACCUGCACUAAGCAGGAGAGUCGGACUGAGGGCUGUUUUAAGCUCCACGCUGGAUUUACAUCGUACAUCGUGAGGGACGUGCUGCAAAAGACUCACCAACGGUACGAUAAAAAUCUGAUGUCUGCACAGCACCGUCUCCUCUGAAGCUUCUUUCAGAUUUGCACAGGAAGAGGAUUCACUUUUUUUAAUUAACUAAACCAAUUAAUUAUUAAUGAGCUGAACACACUCGGACUAAAUGUAGCUUAUUUAAUUCUUCCUCUCACCUCGGCUGCUAAACCUUAAUGACACCUUGGACCUCGUCCUCUUCUUCCUCGUGUUGUAGUCCAGUCUGUGUUUAAGUGACUCUUCAUGUGCCGAUAUUGUAGCAGACGGCGACUUUUGCCAAACAGGGACCACAGAGUAUGACUGUCACACACUGACAGAGAUUUUUACCUCCCUUUUUACUCUUUGCUUACGUGCAACGUCGUCCUGAAAUGUUUUAACCAUGCCAUUGGAUUAUUUAUUUUUUAACUUUAAUGUCAUUUGAUUUUUUUUUUUUUUUUUAAGUAACGUGUGCUGUCUGUUCACCGUGGGCGAUGAUAAUCAGUCUUUCAUGACGUCUCCUUUUCCUCACCUCUGUUUUCUCUCUGUCUCACCUGACAUGCCUGUUUUUUAUCUAAUACACUAAGAGGUGAAAAGGUGAAUCAGUGUACUGACAUCGUGUGCUGACUCUUAUGAGCACACACUCGUCUCCAUCCUGUCAUCAUCUAUUAAACUUCUUGUUUACCUUCUCUGACCAAA